UUGACGAGGGAAUAUUAUCUCCACUCCAUCGAGCGCGAUCGGGAAAUCGAAGGGUCCACACGCGCGAGUCGCGAUAGAAAUUGAAAAAAAUAGCCGGGCCGAAUUUCGGGCGUCGGUGGGUGUCCGAGAGAGGGGAGUCUUCCCUCGCAGGGCGGUGAAACGAGAGGGAGCGAUGUCGAGGACGGCGCUCAGUCCUGUGGGAGAACGAACAAUGAAAAAGGAAUAUUAGCCGCGUACGAAGAAAAAUGUCGCUGGGGAGUUGCCACGCCGCUGAUAUUUGUUCGGGCUACAGUCUCAUUGACUGCGUUAAGAAAGCGAUGAAAGGCCGGAUAAUCGGCUGUUCGCCGCACACGGACAUCUACUUUCUGGAGACCGCCGACAGCACCGCCGCCAAAGACGAGGAGAACCACUUGGAGACCCUGUUCGUGUCGCCCGCAGGACGGGAGAUGAUGAAAUACAAGCCGACGUCCAAACUGAAGCAGAAGACAAACCCCAAUUUGGAAUUUUUUACAAAAAUGCCGCGCAAAUCGAGAAAACGGCAACCCGAUGGCGACAAACGGAACCCAUUGGCGGUACUGAAACGCGAUGAGCCGGCGACAGAGUGCGUUGCGUCUUCAAGCGACGUCCAAUCUAUGGACCUAUACGAGGAGGCCGCUGCGAUACUGGGGUUGGCCUGCGCUCAAACAGACGACUGCAAAUGUUUGGAGUGUCAGUGCCACUACUUCGACUUCGAAGAGGAAAUUGAUUUCCCUACGGCGGGAAAUGACUACGGCCUGUUCAACAUGGAUAAUGAGUCAACGUGCUCGAUCCAAUAACGAAAACUGGGAUGACGGGGCACAGGAAAUAAAAG